UUUGUCAUGCGACUAUCCAAGUCAGCUCUUCCUCUGCUGCUGGCAGCAGUUUCUGCGCAACAAACCUGCUAUCGUCUCGAUGGCUCCGAAGCAAGCUCAGAAUUCACACCUUGUAACCCAGGCGCAAAGGUCAGCGCCUGCUGCCAUCUCAAUAAAGACGUGCCGGAUAUCUGCUUGAGCUCUGGUCUCUGCCUCUCUCAACAGCCUGGGUACGAGGGACUGAUAUAUUCAAAUGGCUGCACAGACCAGACGGGCAAAGACUCUGCCUGUCCCCAGCCAUGUGCGAAUAUUAUAGAGAACAGCAAGUCAGUUACUGCGUACAAUGUUCUUCCGUGUGCCCCUGGAAGGCAGUUCUGUUGCCGUGCCUUUGGAGAUAACAGUAACUGCUGCGAUGAAAUCGUAACAGUCGCAAUCGGGUCAGUCAUGACAGCUGCAUCGGCAACACUGGCUUCCACCUCAACGGCCACCGGGGGGGAUAUUAGCGGAACUGUCUCAACAGCCAAACCGACGACAAUAUUUUGCGCCAACUCUACUGAUGCUAGUGCCCUUGAGACAUGCCCCAAAGACAACUCUGUGGUUGUCGGGGGUGCUGUGGGAGGGGCUCUCGGUGCCCUUCUUCUGGGUUCGCUAGGCAUAAUCAUGCUGCUACUCCUGAGAAGGACAAAAGGUAUCUUGACACAUCUUAUAUCCUAG